AUGAAUAUACUUACAUUCCAUUUUUCCAAGCAACUAAGAUGGCACUCCUAUAAUAGUAUUAAUGAUAUAAUUAGACGAUAUAAUCAUGCAUCAAAUAAAAAGUAUAGUACAUCAUCAACAAUCAAAUCAAACAAAUUCCCGGAUUAUAAAAUAAUUUAUAUGUUUUCUUAUGCCAUGUGUCCUUAUAUUUUCAAUAAAUUUAAGCGAAAUUACACAAUUACUGCAGGUGCACUUAUACCAGUGACUGCAUCUUUACAAAUGUUAGAUUUCAUGUCAUCCAUGGAAAAUUUAAGUUUUACAGCUUGUAAUUGUUUGUUAGUCCUUAUGUUACAUACUAUUGGUUUUACAUGUAAUAAUUUAGUUGGAACAAUAUAUGUAAAAGACAAAGAUGAUUCAGAAAAUCAAAAUGUUAUAAUAUCAUAUAUAAAUUAUUGGGGUAAAAGAAUAGAUUUAAGGACAACUGUCGAUGAUAUUAUUCCUUUCACGGAAAAUUUCAUGAAUACUUCUAAGUCGUUAUAUAAAAUCUUAAAAAUUAAGUCUUGUAAACAAACACUGAAAGUGUAUACAAAAUAUGGAAAAGUCACAGAAGAAGCUAGUUUUUCUAAUAUUUUUGGAUAAUCUCCAAUAAUAUUUAUUCCCUUGAUUAAAUAAAUAUUAUUACUACAAACAAAAAACAAA